AGGCCGGUCAAGUUGCCAACCACCCAGCCGCUCCAACAAACAGCAGAGAGACAUCCGGGAAGGGUUAAACAAUACGGAUACGGGGAACAUGCGCCGGGGAGACACCCCACCAGAUCAUCCACCUCUUGAUCCGUCAUCCGAUCUGUCUCUUGACUCUCGUGUCAGUUUGCCAGUAACAGUCUACCUACCUGAACAUUCCGUCUUGGGGGAGAAGAACCACAGUCUGGCGAUAGCGUGACAGCCAUGGAAACGCAGUCAACAUGGUCAACCAUCAAGGGACCUUGUCGACCCGUCCACUGCCCACGAAGAUCAGUCUCCACGGCACCGCGAUCCCCGGUCAUUGCAAGUUUCAGCGUGCCAACAAUUGCGCCGUUUGAAUUUCGAGGAAGAAAUUGCUGGGCUCCGCAGCCAGCCACAACGAUUGAGAUUGGUGCCACCCCCGCCUGCAAGACCCCGCCAUCGCCUCCAAUUUGGCGCGCCAGAUUGGCCGUCACAAAUGGAACAUUGGAUGGCCCCAAAUGCACUCACUGCUUUGGUCUCACUGGUGGGCGUGAGCGUGGGCGAGGGCGUUGGCGUGGACGGUGGCACUCAAGGCCGAGCCAAUUUCUCUCCCACAUCAUCAUUCAGCCUGGACGUUACAGACAGACGACCCCGUUUACUUUUUCUGUUAUUGCGACCGUCGCCUCAUUAUUCCCACCCCUCACAUCAACUACCAGAUAUAUCUCUCGCCUCCUCCCGCAUUCCUCUACAACUCUUUCCUUUCGUCAUUCCUCCAACUCAAAACCUACGACAGACUUGCGCUCUCCUUCACAACCUAACGACUUGAUACCCCGACGGACCGCGCAUCUCUCACUACUCUCCUUCUCACUACUCUACCCCCUCCACCUCCAAAUUACCCCUCACCGCAUCUAGUUGCGAUCGACGCCAGCAAAUUUCUUCACGAUGGCCAUUGGAACUGUCUUGGUUACCGGUGGUACCGGUUACAUUGGCUCAUUUACCUCCCUCACCCUUCUCCAGAACGGCUACGAUGUGGUCAUUGUCGACAGCUUGUACAACUCCUCCAAGGUUGCCGUCGACCGCAUCGAGCUGCUGAGCGGCAAGCGACCCCACUUCUACCAGGUCGAUGUCACCGACAAGGCCGGCCUCGACGAGGUCUUUAAGAAGCACCCCGAGAUUGACAGUGUCAUUCACUUCGCCGCGCUCAAGGUCAGCUCUCUUCCUCCUUUACGACGUAUUCCACGAGA